CGGCAACGAGCGAGCGAUCGAGUCUAUUUGAGAUUGAGAAAGCGUACCGCCCGUGUACAACAUCAAGUACAUAUUGCGUUUCUAGUUAUUUCUUUAGUCUAAACCAUUAUCAAUAAAUAGUAAACCAUGUGUAUGAACUCUUGAUUUUCAGAGAUAAUUUAUAAAAAAUCUGGGCAAGAUGGUGUCUACGAGGCAGAUGAGUAGCGUGGUGGGCAGUAGUGGGAAUAAUGACGGUGCAGGCCCAUCUCACGCGGAGCCUGUGGCCGUCUCUCGCGUAACUCGACAUUCAAGCGCUUUGCUCCCUGGCGGAUCAUCACCACACGCUUCAUCUUCUAAAUGCACAAAUAUCGUGCCAGUUCCAAAAGCGUAUUCUACAAAUUUACUUGAUCUUCCUAUUGAAGUUAUUGAAAAGAUUUUUGGAUACUUGGGUUUCAAAACUGUGUCUCAUCUAAGAAUGGUCAAUCGCCAAUUUAAUACAAUAUGUAGCUCUAUUUUAAAUUCUACAUUUCAACGACUACAAAAUCAGAUGUUGCAUCGAUUUCAAUCAAUCAAAGCAAAAAUGCCUCGCAGAGAAAGUGCUCGACGUAGCCAUCCUCUGGCUUGUGAGUCUGACAUUAUUGAAACUCUGCAUAUGCGAUUAAGUCUGUUGCAAAUGACUUUUGGGAAACAUAUUGAGAGGAAACACUGCUGUUUUUUCCCUGGAGAGAUAUUGGAUGAGGUUUACAGUAUUCUAUCUUACCUUAAGACAACAACAAAACUUGCAAGACCUUACAAAGUGACUGAUGAGUUGUUUGACUUAACAACAAUGGCAAUGGAAUACUUCAAGGAACACAUUGAACCUAACCUUCCAGAGAUUACAUACUUUGGUACAGAUUUCUUCGAUAUUACUACAGCUUUUUCACCUGGCGAAAGCAGCAAGUCGUACAUCUGCCUGGACUCGCCGCCGCCUAGCGGGUUCGAGCCACAGCCAGCAUGCAGCAGCGGGUCGGGAGAGCGCAGGGUUUCUUCCCUCAAUAUGUACAUGGAGGAGAGCCUGCCGCCAUCGCCGCCGCCGCCGCAGAGCAAUAUGGUGCUCAGGAAACGGAUACACCGGAUCAAACAGGGCAUGAAGAAGUACAAUGACCAGCUAUCAGCUUUACGUAGCGACCUACGGAGUUGUAAGCGCAAGACGGCUCUGCAGCAGAAACAGAUUGCUGAGCAGCAGAAACAGAUAGCCGAACAACAGAAACAGACCCUGGAAUAUGCUAAUAGGUUAGAUGACUACGACAAGAAGAAUGAGGAGACAAGCCGGAAAUUUCAAACUCUUUUACAGCGCGGGAUGUGCAGGCGUAAAUCUAUAGAGAUAUUUAUCACGGAUGAAUUGAAUAAGUGCAAGACGGAGCUCCAGUACUGGCGGUCGAGGUCGCCGGCGGUGCCGCCUCUGUGCGCGGAGUGCGGCGCUUCGUUACGCGUUUCGCCCGCGUCAUCGCUCGCCCAGUGGGAGGCCGGCACGAGCGGCGAGGCGACGGACCCGCAGGCGGCGGCGGUCGCGGUCGCGGUCGCGGUCGCUAGCGGCAGCGGUGCGGGCCUACCGGAGCCCACUACCGAACUGCCCGCGCCCAAGGAGCCCGCGCGCCCCGACCGCGCCGACGACGCCGCCACGCCGCCCGCGCGCCGCCGACCCUCCGACGACUACACCACGCCCGACAGGAAGAAGCGCCGCCUCACCAGGCCCAGGAAGCUCUGAGCUACAACAACCAACGGACCUCUGCAUGGCGCGACGUCAACGGCCCUUUAACGUAAACGCAGCGCGUGACGUUUGUGUUUUCGGUCAAUGACCUCACCCACCACCGAGCUGCGCGCCCCGACCGCGCCUACAACGCCGCCACGCCGGCAUCACGCCGCCGUCCCUCCGACGACUCAAAUAAGCCUGACAGGUAGAGAAGCGCCGCAUCACCAGGCCCAAGAAGAUCUGAACUACUGCAACCUACGGACGGUGGUGUGAUAAAGCGCUUUGACGUUUGAGUUCCAGGUCCGUGUGUGCGCGCCGCCACCCAUCGGACUUUACCACUCCUGACAGUAAGUAGCGACGCCUGACCAGAUCCAGGAAGCUCUGAGCUACUACAACCAACGGCGGUGACGUGAAUACGGUGCGCGACGUCACCGUCCCGGAUCACUGACCGCGCCCGCUACCGAUGCAAUCUUUAUGAAGCCUGUCUAAGGCAACACGCCCUGGAGGAUCUUGGGGAUGCACCAUGCACACAACCAACGGCGUUAACGUAAACGCAGCGCGCUACGUUUGUGUGCUGGGUUAAUGACCACACCCAUUACAGACCAGGGGCCAAUCGCCUAAUGUGAUUGCUAUGGCUAUCGCUAGGCAAUUGACCUCCUGACCGCCAACAAGGAGAGCCGCUUCACCUGUCCUAGAAUGCUCUAAGUGCGCAUCACUACUUCCAGCGACGAUAACGUAAACGCAGCGCGUGACGUUUGCGUUCCGGGUCAAUGACCACGCCCGUUAGGAAAUAUUACGCUUUCCCGGGACGUAGAUAGCUCUGAACGCGGAUCACUAAAGCCGGCGACGGUGCCGUGAAUAUAGCGCGCAACGACACCGUCUCGGGUCAAUGACCGUGCCCCCUGUCUAUGUUUGCUUUUCAAUAUUCGAAAUAUGGUUGAAGGCAACACACCGAAGAUGCUCUGAGAGUGUGGGUCAAUACAGCGACGACGGUGGCGUGAACUAAACGCGCGAUCUCAUCGUUUUUUGGCUUUUCAAUGAGAGUACAACACGCUUUAUCUCAUGAAGCGACGCUUUACCUGUUGCAGACAGGUCUGUGUAACCAAGAUCGCAGCCAUCGCGUGAAAUAUCCACGUCGUCAUCACCAACUUAGAACGGCGCCGGAAAUUAAUGUAAGCUUUAAAUAUCGAUCAUGCAUAGUUGAUGUCUUGAUGGUUAGCUCCUUUCUUUUAAUGAUUGUCGAGAUGUCACGGUAACAUGUCUAGUUGAAGUUUCUCUUCUUGGCUCAUGUUUCUGCACUGAUCGUUGGCGUCUUCCAUUACACCAUCAUGCUCAACCGUAAGAAGCGACACUUUAUUGGCCUUAAGAAGUUUUGAACACCAACACGGACUUACCUGUGAAUGAGCAUUGAAUGUGAAUGUAUAACCUCAGUAGUAAACAAAGCCACAAACACCGCUCAUUACAUCGUUAAAAAAAUCCGUAUCCUUUUUCAAAGAAAAGGAAUACUAAUCCCAUACAGCCUUAACUGCCGUAAACAACGUGGCGUCAUCGUCUUGUGACGAUGGAAUCUGGCAAACCGCAGCAAAAAAUGCACAAACUGAAAACGGCGUAGAAAGUGAUUUUAUUAUUUGACAAUUUAGCAGUACGAGUGUAGUUAAAAUGCACUCAGUUUGUCUACAGUCUAACAUGAUCAUUCGCAAUUGGAAUGUUAAGAUUUCGUCACUUUGCGAUCACGAUACUCGGGCAAAUGAUUGAAUCUGUCUGCGCUUUUCAUUUGCAUCUUCAUCGGACCAUAGCGAGCUUGCUGAUUUCAAGGUAAAUGAUUUCUAAAAUAUUAUUUCGGUAUAAUUAACUUUUCUCUGGUAUCUAAAAAGCUUAUCACCACACUCUAGUCUCUUGUAACAGAAUAGGUUUUUUAUAGUAUUUUUUGUCACAGUUUCAAUAGAUCAUAAAUUUGAAUAUAGCAACAUCAAUUUAUAUGCCAUUGCUUUAACGUGUAUUGGCUAAAUUAGACCCCGCCUCGACUCAGUAACCGUUCAUUUGUGACUGGACGCAAUAAUAGGAAUUUCAGCAUUUCUUAAAUUUAAAAUUAAUCGCCAAACGAUUAUUUUAUUUGAAUUUGAACUUAUCUGGCACGUAAGUUUUAUUGGACACGCGUCGUUCACACUACGUUAAAUUUUGAGGUGAAACCAUUUUUGUUCGCUACAUAGCUUCAUGAAGUAAUUAAGGUUAUUAAUAAAGGUUUUUUUUUUUAAAAAUUCAGAGAGUUUUUUGUCUCCGACUUACCGAGUGUCAGUUGAGAUAUUCUGAAAUACUUAGUUGUAUUUAUUUGGUCUUCUUUAUUUUCUUUAAUCAGUGGGUUCAC